GCGCACAGAUUCGACAGCAAUACCCUGCGAAAGUCGUUCGUUUAUUCGGUUUUAUUCAAAAACUUAGUCACUGUCGACUUAAAUAUCAUCAAGUAUUAUUCAGUAGAAAAGUAUACGUUACGGAGAACUAGAAAAAGUACAACCAAAGCGUCAUUUCGUGUGUGUUAAUUGUAAAUUUUUUUGGAACUUCUAUUCGAAAUCAAAAGUCGUUCGUUUAUUCGGUUUUAUUCAAAAACUUAGUCACUGUCGACUUAAAUAUCAUCAAGUAUUAUUCAGUAGAAAAGUAUACGUUACGGAGAACUAGAAAAAGUACAACCAAAGCGUCGUUUCGUGUGUGUCAAUUGUAAAUUUUUUUGGAAAAUCUAUUCGAAAUCAAAAGUCGUUCGUUUAUUCGGUUUUAUUCAAAAACUUAGUCACUGUCGACUUAAAUAUCAUCAAGUAUUAUUCAGUAGAAAAGUAUACGUUACGGAGAACUAGAAAAAGUACAACCAAAGCGUCGUUUCGUGUGUGUUAAUUGUAAAUUUUUUUGGAACUUCUAUUCGAAAUGUCUUGCGGGGCUGACGAUCACGCCUCGAAUAAUAUGGACGAGGUCCAGCUGAAUAGACCGACAGUGCCCUCGAAUGAGGAAGCCCCGAAACGUGCUUUUCUGGGCGCUCUACAGAACUGCGGGGACAUCGUGGAGCCAUCGACAAUCAUUCGGCCCGCCAUCAAAGACAUCGACGCCAAGGACGGGGGGCGCCUCGUGCUCGUCUCGGAGUAUGCCAACGAUAUCUACGACCAUCUGUACAAGCUGGAGGCCGAGCAGCCGAUCCGCAACAACCACCUGGCCGGCCAUAGGGAAAUCGACCACAAGAUGCGUGCCAUUCUGAUCGACUCGAUCAGCCAGAUGCAUUGGGGGUUCCAGUUUAAGGCCGAAACCUUCCAGCUGACCGUGGCCAUCAUCGAUCGCUAUCUGCAGGCGGUCCAGAACACGGAGCGCGACAAACUGCAGCUGGUGGGCGUGACGGCCCUCAUCAUUGCCGCAAAAUACGAGGAGACGGUCCAGAAAAACAUUAACCACUUUGUCUCCAUCACCGAUGAAACCUACUCGGCCAGUGAGAUCCGCGCGAUGGAGCUGCAGAUCCUCCGGGCCAUCGAUUACAAUUUGUCGCGUCCGCUGCCGAUUGAUUUCCUGCGGCGCUUCACGAAGGCCGCUGGGGCCCAACGUGAGCACCACAUCAUGUCCAAGUAUUUUGUGGAAUUGGCUUCAGUUGACUACGAUUUGGCCAGCCGCAAGCCAUCAGAGAUUGCUGCUGCUGCUCUGUUCCUGUCGCUGCACUUGCUCAAUGGCAACCACCUCGCCGGCACUGGCUUCAACGACCAGCGCUGGACACCGACUCUGGCCCACUACUCCCGCUACACGGCCGCCCACCUGCGACCCAUCACGCGGCAGAUCGCCAAGUUGGCGCGCGAGGCACCGCAGGCGGAGCUGCAGGCCCUCCACAAAAAACACCAAGGCUUGCAGUUCUUUGAGAUCGCAAACAGGCCCGAGCUGAGCGGCCCCCUGAUUAACUCCAUUGUGGGCCAAAACAACUAAUUUUGUGACUCCCCAAAUGUUUAAGUUUUGGUUUUUUCUUAGUUUUAAUUUCAAAUUUUUGGCGUUAUUGAUUGUUACUUGUUUUAUAUUUUGUAUUCGAGUUUAAGUUUUUUUGGAACUGGUUCAUUCGUUCAAUGCUUUAAGAUCGAAUAU